AUGCUCCAUGGGGAGCAAUUGAUGGAAGAUGCAUCCUUGAGGAACCUUGGAGACGGCAAAGGCACUUACGUAGCCGACGCAUUAGAGAGGGUCCUGCUGCUUCCCACUGAUAUGGAAGAGUUGAAGAAUACGAGGAUGCAGGAGGCUAUUCAGGCCACCUAUAGGAUGGAGGAAGAAGCUAAAGGGCAGAGUAAGAUCACAGAGCUUGAGCGUAAUAAACGUAUAGAGGCUGUGCGAACCCUCAAAAAUUCCGAGGCUGACCUCGCGAAAGUCAGGGAGGACUUAAAGGAGGUAACCAGAGCCAGGGAUAGUGCUGAGGCAGACAAUGCUAAGGGUGUGGCGGAAUGGGUCAGGGAUGAAGCCGUAAGGACCAAGACAGAGGCUGAGUUUACCAAGACUGAGGCCGAAACUACCAAGGACAAGGCCGAGGAGGAGGCUUACGAUGUUUGGAAUGAGGCCCUUAAACGAGUUAGGGUGGAGGCUUCAUCCGACUUAUGGAAGGCAGAGAGCGUGUUUUACCCUGAAGCAAUCCGUGAGACCGCCUCCGUCAGUUCCGAGGCUGUGAGCAUUCCACAGAAGGCUGAGGCUGCUCAGUCAGAAGCUGCUCAGCUUAUUGUCAUUCCUGGCGAGUAG